AUGGGGUCUGAAGGUCCUGCUGCUGCUGCUGCUGCUCCCGUAACAAUCCAUGUGACGGGAUUUAAAAAAUUCCACGGGGUUACAGAGAAUCCAACCGAGACUAUUGUGAGCAAUCUCGAAGCCUUUAUGAACAAACGGGGUUUGCCAAAAGGGUUGAUCCUAGGCAGUUGCACAAUUCUUGAAACAGCGGGUCAUGGAGCCCUUGUUUCUUUAUACCAAACAUUGCAAUCUGCUGUGAGCAUGAAUGCCGACAUGCCAAAUUCGGGUAGUGUUAUUUGGGUUCAUUUUGGAGUAAAUAGUGGAGCAACAAGAUUUGCUUUAGAGAACCGAGCUUUUAAUGAAGCUACUUUCCGUUGCCCAGAUGAGAUGGGAUGGAAGCCUCAGAAAGUUGCCAUUGUUCCAGCAGAUGGUGGGAUCUCACGAAUUCGGGAGACUUCCCUUCCGGUUGAGGACAUAGCAAAAUCACUGGCUAAAAUGGGGUAUGAAGUGACGACCUCAGAUGAUGCUGGCCGGUUUGUGUGCAACUAUGUGUACUAUCACUCUUUGCGAUUUGCUGAACAGAAUGGGAUUAAGUCGGUGUUUGUGCACGUGCCUCUCUUCUCGACAAUAGACGAGGCCACCCAGAUGCAAUUUGUGGCUUCCCUCUUGGAGAUACUUGUCUCUUUGUAUAAAAAUGCUCUGGAGAUGAAACGUCUGGUUGAUAUCCCGACAAAGUUUGAUGGGGAUAUGUCGUUUGCCAUGUUAAAGUCCCAGGAUUGGGAGUGUGGUAUUGCUAACCCGAUUGCUACUUCUGAAGUUGUUCAGAAGGUUUCUCCACGAGUCGUGCGGCAGCUUAAGCCCACCUAA